GGCGGCGCUUCGGCCGGGAUCACCUUGGCGGCGCGGCGGGGAGGCGUGCAGAGCGGCGGCGGCGCUUAGGCAGGACGGUCUCGGAGGCGGAAGCAGCACUAGGAGACACCGAACUCCAGUAACCAUGUCGAAGCACCACGAUGCAGGGACCGCUUUCAUCCAGACCCAGCAGCUGCACGCUGCCAUGGCAGACACCUUUCUGGAGCACAUGUGCCGCCUGGACAUUGACUCUGAGCUGACCACUGCCAGAAACACCGGCAUCAUCUGCACCAUCGGCCCAGCCUCCCGCACUGUGGACAAGCUGAAGGAAAUGAUUAAAUCUGGAAUGAAUGUUGCCCGCCUCAACUUCUCGCAUGGCACCCAUGAGUAUCAUGAGGGCACAAUUAAGAACGUGCGAGAGGCUACAGAGAGCUUUGCCUCUGACCCAAUCACAUACAGACCUGUGGCUAUUGCACUGGACACCAAGGGACCUGAAAUCCGAACUGGACUCAUCAAGGGAAGUGGCACAGCAGAGGUGGAGCUCAAGAAGGGCGCAGCUCUCAAAGUGACCCUGGACAAUGCCUUCAUGGAGAACUGUGAUGAGCACGUCCUGUGGUUGGACUACAAGAACCUCAUCAAAGUUGUAGAUGUGGGCAGCAAAAUCUAUGUGGAUGAUGGUCUCAUUUCCCUGCUGGUUAAGGAGAAAGGCAAGGACUUUGUCAUGACUGAGGUUGAAAAUGGUGGCAUGCUUGGUAGCAAGAAGGGAGUGAACCUCCCUGGUGCUGCGGUUGACCUGCCUGCGGUCUCAGAGAAGGACAUUCAGGACCUGAAAUUUGGUGUGGAGCAGAACGUGGACAUGGUGUUUGCUUCCUUCAUCCGCAAAGCUGCUGAUGUCCACGCUGUCAGGAAGGUGCUAGGGGAAAAGGGAAAGCACAUCAAGAUCAUCAGCAAGAUUGAGAAUCACGAGGGUGUGCGCAGGUUUGAUGAGAUCAUGGAGGCCAGCGAUGGUAUUAUGGUGGCCCGUGGUGACCUGGGUAUUGAGAUCCCUGCUGAAAAAGUCUUCCUUGCACAGAAGAUGAUGAUUGGGCGCUGCAACAGGGCUGGCAAACCCAUCAUCUGUGCCACUCAGAUGUUGGAAAGCAUGAUCAAGAAGCCUCGCCCAACCCGUGCUGAGGGCAGUGAUGUUGCCAAUGCAGUUCUGGAUGGAGCGGACUGCAUCAUGCUGUCUGGGGAGACCGCCAAGGGAGACUACCCGCUGGAGGCUGUGCGCAUGCAGCACGCUAUUGCUCGUGAGGCUGAGGCCGCAAUGUUCCAUCGUCUUCAUUUUGAAGAAAUCUUACGCCACAGUGUACAUCACAGGGAGCCUGCUGAUGCCAUGGCAGCAGGCGCGGUGGAGGCCUCUUUUAAAUGCUUUGCAGCAGCUCUGAUAGUUAUGACCGAGUCCGGCAGGUCUGCACACCUGGUGUCCCGGUACCGCCCGCGGGCUCCUAUCAUCGCUGUCACCCGCAAUGACCAAACAGCACGCCAGGCACACCUGUACCGUGGCAUCUUCCCCGUGCUGUGCAAGCAGCCGGCCCACGAUGCCUGGGCGGAGGAUGUGGAUCUCCGUGUGAACCUGGGCAUGAAUGUCGGCAAAGCCCGUGGAUUCUUCAAGACUGGGGACCUGGUGAUCGUGCUGACAGGCUGGCGCCCUGGCUCCGGCUACACCAACACCAUGCGGGUGGUGCCCGUGCCAUGAGCUGCCGGCACCUCCCCUCUUCCACCCCCGCGCCCUUCCCCAUGCAUUAGGCCUGCAGUCGCUUGCGAUGUUCUCCUCGUCCUUAGCGUGGAUUUAGGUUGCUCAACACCACCGAGUGCAGCAGCGGGGGAAGAGACCUUAAAUCACUCAGAAUACUUGAAGUGUGUAGUGUUUCCAGACCUCUCUGCCUGUAGUUAGCCAUGUCACAGUGGGGCUCUGCGCUCCCCGUGUCCCCCUAGCUUAGCACUGUCCUCAGGGUGUGGCUGAUGCCUCUCCUUGCCCCGGCUGUGGGGUGAUGGGGAAGGAGUAGGCAUUCGUGGUAAACGGUUCUGCUGCUGCACACCGCAGCUCCCCCAGGUUGGUGCCCUCUGUCCCCGAGGGGUUAUGGGUUGUCCCCUCUGGGCUUACACUCCAAAGGUGUGCUCCGCGGUUCCUACUAGAAACCCAAACCAGAGUGCUGCUCGUUGUGCCCCUGGGUGCAGGUGGAGUCCUGCUGGUUGUUGGGGUGCAGGAUGGGUGGGGGACGCACGCUUCAUCUCUAUGCAGCCACCUGCCCUUAUAUGGUGUCUGUCUGUGUUGUCGCCUUUCCUGAGAGCGUUCCCUCUGUCUGGGCGCCCUGUUUGCUCCGGUGGGUGUACGGGGUUGUGGAGCACCACUGUGCACGUUAAUAAAGAGCUGAGCACCCCUGC